AUGCAAAAAAAAAUUUUAUUGGUGACACUGGCAACAGGUGGGUAUGGAUUUAUUGGAAAAGUGUAUACGGCUCCUCCCUUGAACUCUAGGGACUGGAAAGCUGGCAAGGUGCAGCAAGCCGCCGCGGGAUCGGCUGCUGCAACAACCAGCGCUCGGCAGGGUAUGGCUGUUAGCUCCAACACUCCAGCCAGCGCCGCCCCGCUCACCACCACACCUGUGCCCACGACGUCUAGGCCCACCACUAUCCCCCGACCGACCACUGUUCCCCAAUCGACGGCCAAGACUCCCGCUGCGCCCUCACAAACCACACCGAGGCCUGCCGCCGCCGCCGCCCCGUCGAAAACUCCCCAGAGGACUGUCACCGCGUCUGUCCCACCAGCCACAACAAACUCCGCUAGCCCGACCACGACCACAACCACAACCACCACCACCACCACCGGCCCGACGACGACGACGACGACGACGACGACGACUACGACUGCCGCUGGUCCCACGACGACGACAACUAGUCCCACCGCGACCACAGCUAGCAGCACGCCCACGCCAACGCCAACGUCCAGUACCCCAGUGACUGGCGCUGAGGUCACCCCUGGAAUCUCCAAGGCGACUGGCUCUCCGGCUGAAGCGUCUGGCACCUCGCCUACAACCCCGACGAAAUCACCCGCAGAAAUAGUGGCCUCUGUGGACUCGCCUGAUCAAGCUAGACAAGCUUUGAUCAAGUCCGGGAAGCAAAAAGUGAAGGACACCAAGCAGCAGACCAUAACGGUCGUGAACAAAUCCCCCAGCGCUUUCAGCAUGGGGAUGAGCAUGGCUGCCAGCAGGUCCAUGAUGCCAACGGCUAGCUAUGGAAGCUACGGCAUGGGGAACCUGGGGGUACCAGCUGUCGGGCAAGCAGCAGCUGGGAGUACUUCCAUUCAAGACCAGGGGGAAAUUGUCAUGGGGAACACACCUGAACACGAAAGCGAGAAUGUAGCGGGCAGCACCAGCAACCAGGCAGGUACCCGAGUAGCCAACCAGGCAAGUACUCCAGUAGUCAACCAGACAGCUAUCCCGACAGCCAGCCAGGCAGCAGUAGCACCACACACAACUGUGAAGGACACAACUGUGAAGGGCACAACUGCGGAAGGCACAACUGGCGCAAGUUGUCCGUUGAGAAUCCGGCGGAAAAUCAGAUCGUCAGACACCAAAGGACUGCCUGCUUCUCUCAUGGCCGACAACACCAAUCACCGACAUCUAAGUUCGACUGCGGCAACGGCUGUUUAA